GAGCGCCCCGGCUGCUCGGCUCGACUCGGCUCCGCUCCGCUGCUGCGCGCUGCCCUCGCCAUGUCGGUGGCCGGGCUGAAGAAGCAGUUCCACAAAGCCACGCAGAAAGUGAGUGAAAAAGUAGGAGGUGCAGAAGGAACAAAACUAGAUGAUGAUUUCAAAGAAAUGGAAAGGAAAGUGGAUGUUACCAGCAGGGCAGUUAUGGAAAUAAUGGCAAAGACAAUAGAGUAUCUUCAGCCAAAUCCAGCUUCCAGAGCUAAACUCAGCAUGAUCAACACCAUGUCAAAAAUUCGAGGCCAGGAAAAGGGACCAGGCUAUCCUCAGGCAGAAGCCUUGCUGGCAGAUGCAAUGCUGAAAUUUGGCCGUGAACUUGGUGAAGAAUGCAACUUUGGACCAGCACUUGUUGAUGUGGGAGAAGCUAUGAAGGAGCUUUCUGAAGUCAAGGACUCUUUAGACAUGGAGGUGAAGCAAAACUUCAUUGACCCACUUCAGAAUCUCCAUGACAAAGAUCUGAGAGAAAUACAGCAUCACCUGAAGAAAAUGGAGGGUCGACGCCUGGAUUUUGAUUACAAGAAGAAAAGGCAGGGCAAGCUCCCUGAUGAAGAACUUCGUCAGGCUCUGGAGAAAUUUGAUGAAUCAAAAGAAAUUGCUGAGUCAAGCAUGUUUAACCUUUUGGAGAUGGAUAUUGAACAAGUGAGCCAGCUUUCUGCUCUUGUGCAAGCCCAGCUGGAGUACCACAAGCAAGCCACACAGAUCCUACAGCGAGUUACUUCUAAAUUGGAAGAUAGAAUAAAAGAGGCAUCAUCUCAGCCCAGGCGAGAAUACCAGCCCAAACCCCGUAUGAGCCUGGAUUUCUCAACUGGUGACAAUACACAGCACAAUGGAGGAAUAUCCCAUGCCACCACACCUAAACCAUCAGGUGUUCACAUGGAUCAGCCAUGCUGCCGAGCUCUGUAUGACUUUGAACCAGAGAAUGAAGGGGAGCUGGGAUUUAAAGAGGGUGAUAUUAUUACCCUCACUAACCAGAUUGAUGAAAACUGGUAUGAGGGGAUGCUUCAUGGCCAGUCAGGCUUCUUCCCCAUCAAUUAUGUUGAUAUUCUAGUUCCAUUACCCAAUUAGAAAUGCUGAUCCACCACCUCUGACACAGCUGUGUCAGUACCACUGCUUUCAAAAUGCUGCUUCUUACACCUUACAAGUGCAAACUGCAGUGGUUAGAGUUACCAAUUCCUAAUGAGCAUCUUUGGUUUACGUGUUGUCAUACUAUGUGGUGGUGAUGCGUUGUAUCUUCUGAGCCAGCAUAGUGUGGAUUAGUUUAUUGACUGUGCUGGCCUGGUAGUAACCAGAGCCAUUAGUGAGAUGAAACGGGGAAGAUGAUGGCAAGCAAAGCAGGUAAUUAUUCAUAGUGAAGUAGCAGGAAGUGAAGGUGGUGUUGGGAAGAUAAUGCCUAUCACCACUGUAUUACUUUUUCAGUCUUAGUUCUCAAUAAAAAGAGGGAAAAGUUCUUGCCAUUCCAUCUUUCCCUUCCUAAUGAUACAGUUCACACAGGUCUAACAUUGACUAACCAGAAUUGUAUCUUCCAAUCAAACUGGCUGGCUGUUCUCACAGAGAGGGCAUAAGUGUAGAUCCUCUGGUUUUUCAGAAAGUGAACCACUGUACUAUGUGUCCUGCUGCUCUCUGCUAAGUUUUAUAUUCUUAAUUAUUGUUAAAAGGCCUAUUUCCCUCCAGAGGUAAACUGUAAGCUAUCAAAUGGGGAUUCCUGUAGUAGAAAUGUUGGACCACAAACCACCUGAAUUUGCCCUUCAGGAACUUUUAGCAUGCUCACCAAAAUGCCAGUAAAUGGGCAAGAUGGGGAAUAAAACUGGCAUUUAUUUAAUG